AUGAAGACUACAAUUCAACACAUCGAGUGCCCUAUUUGUUACGAUUGUACCAACAAUACAGUCACCUUGCCAUGCUGCAAGAAAUCCUUUUGCAUCCCAUGCUUGGAAGGUUGGAAACCUGAUGUGGACGACUACGUCCACGGGAACCGAACCUGUCCAAAUUGCCGCGCCCUCGUUCCACCCACUACAGAAGUCUUGCAGACCAUUCAGUUUUACAAGAAAGUUUCUCUUUCUCUAAGCAUUCUGUUGGUACAAGAUCCCAGUUUGGAUUUACCGGUUGCUCCAUUGCCUACUAGUCCUAUCAGGUACCCAGGCGACCAGGUUGCGAUUCGACGCAAUUACGAGUCCAUUCAGACCACCUACGCACAGCGAGUUCAACUAUUUGAGCAAAAGUAUGGGUGCAAUAUCCUACCCGUCUCUGUCAUUCCCAGCAGUCCGACAAAACCAAUUCAUUUGCCAGACUCUGUCAUCCAAGCAGUCAACGCAAGCAAUUACUCGCAUGUGAGCACGUUUCUCGGGCCACCACCCAUCUCACCCCAGCGCUUAGAAGCGAUUUGCCCUCAGAGUGGUAAUACACUUCUUCACAUCACAGUCCAAGCAAACAAUUUGGAUAUUGCCAACGUCCUCGUGGCUCUCGGGGCCGAUGUCAAUGCAGCCAAUUUUGAUCGGCUGACUUCCUUGUUCUAUGCCGUCAAGAUUGAAGGACAAGAUGAUAGAAUCGCAAAGGCCUUGAUUCGUGCGGGUGCCAAAAAAUUAUCAAUGGUCUUUCCCAAUUCACCUAUCUUCUCUCUGCCCGAUUAUCAUCUGGCAGCCACCGCCCAAGGCCUCGGGAAAGUGGAGCUUGCUCGUAUGCUCGAAAAGGAGGCUCUUGGAAGACAUUGCAAAGUCCAAGUCGACGGUUCUACCAAGAGAGGAACCAUAAUGGAAGAGGGCAUUUCCGGCAACUCACAGAUCCUUUUGGACAAUACAAAGGAAAUGGUCCUGGUGCCGACAAGCAAUAUCGAAAUUCACAAGCCUCUGCUCUUCGACUUUCGCGAUAUUGAUCGCAAUGCUCUCUUUCCCAACCCGCCACCGAGAAAUAAUGCUCCCGUCUUUCGCUCUGGGACCGAAGCUCAUGAAGGACUAGUACGUCUUUUCUAUUUCAUUGGAGGCGACCCAGAAACCACUUCUCGACGCAAUGGUCGCGAAGGCAACCAUGCCCCAACUCGUACUCUCCACAACUUUCUCACGGAUGAAACUGCGGGAUGGGCCCCUGAAGAAGUUGAUGACAUAGCAGAUGCGAUCUUUACCAUGAUGUCUCAUCGCAUUCUGAAUGGGAAUCUGUUUCCACAAGGAUAG